UUUCAGGGCAAAGACUUAAAUGAAUUAAGAAGACAUACACAUGGUAAUACAGUUGACAGAUUUACGCUACGUAAACUCUUACAGAAGGUCUUUAAGAAAUGUAGAUGUCGUGAGGUACAUGAAAAAUUCUCACAAGAUGAGGAGAAUAAAACAGAUGAAAAUGAUAAGAAUACUGAUCGUAUUUGUGGUGGACAUGAAAGAGCUAUCAGUAUUGAGGAUUGUGUCAUGAAUCUGGACAUUAGAGAAGAAGGUAUCUAUACGUUAUUGUGCUAUUUAGAAUUACAUGUUAAUAGAUGGGUAGACAUAUUAUCACCAGUCUAUACUUGUUGUCAGGUCAAAUGUUAUGGUGGACCAUUACAGCUACAACAGGUUUCCAAAAAGUGUCCACCAUUAGCUGUUGCCAUAGCAAAACAGAAAUUAGAUGGAGUAUAUUUUGCUAAUAGUAAUACUAUAGAGUUUCCAGUGGUAGAAAUUAGUGACAGUAUGGGGUGGGAGUCAGCACCUGUGAAAAGAGAAUUAAGACAGUUACAAUGGUCCAUAUCACCAGCCACUGGAGGACCAAUGAGAAGUGGUGUCAUGGUAGAAUUUAGUAAUUUAGGAUUUCACUUUCGUUCUGCUGGUGAUUUAACUGAUAAUGAAUUAGAUGAAAUAUUGGAUUUUCUGUUUGAACGAGUAUCAAGACAAGAAUCAAAUGAACUCUACCAGUUAGAUCUAUUAUCAGAAGCCUUAAGAAGUGUAUCAUUCAAGAGUUAUUGGAUGUGUGCUGAUGAUGGUGAUGAAGACAGAAGUAAUAAGUUAAAGAAAUUCAUAGAAGAAUUUUUUGAUAAUGAAAAAGCAGACGUACAAGUUAAGCAGAGAAACAUUGAAACGGUAAGAUUCCAGUUUCUAUCUGAUGUAAGACAGUUUUAUAAUCUUUAUGGUAGAGAACAUACAUUAACUGGUCGCUCAAUAUCCAGAAUAUUCCAUGGAAUAGGGAGUCCUUGUUUUCCUGCUGAAACAUGGGGUCGAGUCCGGCGCUUUUGGCGAAGUAAUCUUCAUGUCGACUUUAAUAUCUGCUUAAAGCUGGCAUCUCAGGAACUAUUAAAGAUACGAUAG